CAGCCCGGGGCCACCGCGCCGAGCCCGGGCGGGAGUGGCCCCGCGCAAGCGGGGAGCGGCGCUGCGCAGUCCAGCCCGGCGGGCACCUCGGGGGCGGGCGCGGGGCGCAGCCUUCUGGUCCCAGCAGCUCUGACAAGCGCCCCCAGGCAUCUCGGGGGCUGCGGGGCGCGGGGUGGGCGCGGACGCGGGCGCUGGGCUCGUGCGGGGCCCCGGACGUCGCGAUGAACAUCGUGGUGGAGUUCUUCGUGGUCACUUUUAAAGUGCUCUGGGCGUUCGUGCUGGCCGCGGCGCGCUGGCUGGUGCGGCCCAAGGAAAAGAGCGUGGCCGGCCAGGUGUGCCUCAUUACGGGCGCCGGCAGCGGCCUGGGCCGCCUCUUCGCGCUCGAGUUCGCCCGGCGCCGGGCCCUGCUGGUGCUCUGGGACAUCAACACUCAGAGCAACGAGGAGACGGCGGGCAUGGUGCGCCACAUCUACCGCGACCUGGAGGCGGCGGACGCCGCGGCGCUGCAAGCUGGGAAUGGUGAGGAAGAAAUUCUGCCCCACUGUAACCUGCAGGUUUUUACCUACACCUGUGAUGUGGGAAAGAGGGAGAAUGUCUACCUGACAGCGGAGAGGGUCCGCAAGGAGGUUGGCGAGGUCUCAGUCCUGGUCAAUAAUGCUGGUGUGGUCUCUGGGCAUCACCUUCUGGAAUGUCCUGAUGAGCUCAUUGAGAGAACCAUGAUGGUCAAUUGCCACGCACACUUCUGGACCACUAAGGCUUUUCUUCCUACCAUGCUGGAGAUUAAUCAUGGUCAUAUUGUGACAGUUGCAAGUUCCUUGGGAUUGUUCAGUACUGCUGGAGUUGAGGAUUACUGCGCCAGUAAAUUUGGAGUCGUGGGUUUUCAUGAAUCCCUGAGCCACGAGCUAAAGGCCGCGGAGAAGGAUGGAAUUAAAACCACGCUGGUUUGCCCCUACCUUGUGGACACUGGCAUGUUCAGGGGCUGCCGAAUCAGGAAAGAAAUUGAGCCUUUCCUGCCCCCUCUGAAGCCCGAUUACUGCGUGAAGCAGGCUAUGAAGGCCAUCCUCACGGACCAGCCCAUGAUCUGCACCCCCCGCCUCAUGUACAUCGUGACUUUCAUGAAGAGCAUCCUCCCUUUCGAAGCAGUUGUGUGUAUGUAUCGGUUCCUAGGAGCGGACAAGUGUAUGUACCCCUUUAUCGCGCAGAGAAAACAAGCCACAAACAAUAACGAAGCAAAAAACGGAAUCUAAGGAUCUUUUUUGUAUGGAAUAUCAUUUCUACCAGAAGACGAUCAAGAUAUCUCGGUCCGACCCACAUCAGCAUGAUUGAUACUCUCUGGAUUCUAAAUCCGCAUUGACUUUUUUUGUUUUUUUAAAAUCAACUUUUUAAAAAAAUAAAGUGUAAAUUUACCGACUAGAGUGCUUGGAAAAUGUGAUCAGCGUAAGUGAGCUUAAGUUGUUGCCAGCGGGGUCCUUUUCAGGCAGAACCCUAAAACCAGUCUUAUCUUUUAGACAAGCGCUGUGUGAUGUCUCCAGGCUACCGUUAUUUUUUCUGAAUGAGCAGGGAGUCUCGAGAUGAUAACAGUGUGUUUCAUGUGUGUGGUUUUUCUUAAUUCCCAUAGAGUUUAUUAAUUCUUGUAAUUAAUCUCUAGCCAAUUGACACCCUUGCAACUUCAAGGACUGAUAGUGCUAUAUUUUCUCACGUUUUCGAAGUUUCAGUUUUGCAAAGCCUGUGUGGCUCUUUCAUUGUGUUUGUAUGUACAGCUUUUUUAAAAUGGCAUUUUGAAAUCUCUAUCCAUUGCAAGUAGAUGAUGAUGUCUGAUUGUUACAGUAAAGGUGAUCAGGUCUCUUUGUGAAAGUCAUAACGACUAGAGUGUUGGUCGAAUUUUAAAAUGAGUCUCUGAGAUCUUUCCUUGAGUAUCUAUUCCCCUGGAGACCUAUUUAUCCAAAAAAAGAUCAUACAUUUUCUACCUAUGAAUUUUGCUGCAUACAGAAAGUGCCCUUUCCUCAGGAAGUUGCUGUGUUUCAUUUCUUUGGAUGGACUUUGAUCUAGAAUACAUAGCAGCUCUACAAAGAAACAGUUUCUAAAAAUGGGAACUUCUGCAUUUAAAAACGUCCCCAUUUUUGUGCCAACUAUGAUUAGCAAGGGGGAAAAAAUCGUAUACUAUGGAGUACAUAUGGAAGGGUGUAAAGAUUCUUUUGAAAGUUUUAUUCACAUUGUAGAACAGCAAAUGACAUUUUUACAGUAUUUUUUUGUAAAGCAAACUAUUUUGUGCCUUGAAUUUGGUAAAUGUGUAUUAGUGAAACAUUGUAAAAGUGAACUUCUACCUCUGUAUCUAAAUGUAUACCAUCCACUUGUAAAUUACUAUAAACUAUUACGUGAUUGCUUUUUUUUUUUUAGAAUGUCCUGUUUAAAUAGUGACCAAUGUUUUAGGCUAUUAAAAUAAGCCAUCUUUUACUAAUUAAUUGGGAAAUUUUAUAAAGGACUGAUUAAAUUUAAAGAAAACUUACUUACAAAUGACUGCGUGAUUAUUAGUUAUCAGCAGUGUCGCAGGGACACUGUGUUCUUUUUUCUCUCCAUGCCACAUCACACCUCGAAGAGAAAUGUUUGAACGGGAUAGUGUUCAGGAACAGACAUUGAUAGCUUUGGUUGCCCUACACUCAAAUUUCCAAUGUUACCAUCUUCUUAGAUUAGAGACUUUAUCGGGAGCUUGUUGAUAGUGAAAGUGGGAGGAUGGAAAGAAUCCCAUUACCUGUGUGUUGUCUGGCUGCACCACAGCUCAAAUCUGCACUGUACCCACAUACAGGAUACUGCUGGCUCACUGCUAGUGUCCCCAACACCGGUCUUAAGGAGCAGCUUCGUGCUGUGUUUGAAUUUCUUUUUAUAAAUGACAACUAAACCUGAAGCCAUUAUAACACUGGAGGCACCGGCUGCCUCUUAUUUUCCAUUUUGGAUUUUAAGAACAGUUGACCCAUGAACAACACGGGGGUUAGAGCCCCGACUUCCGUGUAGUCAAAAAUCCACGUGUGACUUAUAGUCAGCCCUCCGUAUCCGUGGUUCCUCCUUAACCGCAAUUCCCCAUCUGCUGAUUCAACCAACCUUGGAUUGUGUAGUACUGUAGUAUUUACUACUGAAAAAAAUUCAUGUAUACGUGGACCUGUGCAUUUCAAACCUGUGUUGUUCAAGGGUCAACUGUACUUUGAAGUAACCUCAUAACAAUGUGGGGUGGAGACUUAUUUUCAGGGGUUCUCUGGGUCUGCCCAUCAGUAAACCCCUAGCACCCUCCAACCAUCCUACAGAGAUCUGUUCUACUUUAAC